AUGACCGAAGCUGAGCUGAAAGAUGAGGUUCUGGCGAGAAUUGGAGCCGAGAAACAACUUCAAGCAGCCGAAAAAGCUUUGGAACACCUGGAAAUGGCGCUUAGAUUGACAGGAGCCCAAAUGAGUGAACUUCAAGAGCAUAUUAUGCCGGAUGUGCAUAAACUAAGAGAGUUUUUUGAGCGAUGUGCAGAAGAGGCUCGAAUGGACGCGAAUAGACCGAUGAUAAUGCGAAAUGCGAUUUACGCGAGACGCUCGCUGCGACGUAGUAAAACACAUUUCGCGAGACGUUCGUUCAGGAGAAAAUCAUCAAAUGAAUCGCAUCACGGCAGCAAACUGGACUCAGAUUCGUUCUCACGAAAGACUGAUAACGACGCGAAAAGCGCAACAACUGAAGCAAUGUCACUGAUGCAUUUGUAA